AUGAAGAAGAAAAUUUUAUUCCAAAGUAAAAGGUACACGAAGAACAAAAACUACCUAAGGAAAAAAAGAAAAUAUUACAAUGACCAGAAGUUUCUGCGUAAAUAUAAAAAGAAGAUACAACCAAAUGAGACUAAAACGGAAUUGGUUAAUAGCGACCCGAUUAAAAACUUUUUCUUUACACCUAGUGCGGUAGAACACAAACAGGAAAAGGUAAAAGAGGAACAAAAGGAAAAGGAAAUGGAAGAACCUCAUGAGUUGCUGGAGGAACAAAUAGCAGAGAGCCAAAAUAAAACAAGAUCAUAUGGCAGUGGUAACAAAAAAACAGAAUGGGCAUAUAACAAUAAGGAAAUUAUCCUACUUGGACAACAGAAACAUAACAUGAAACAAAAAACAAAGAAAAAAUCUGCAUAUAUUAAGGAACUUAACAUUACUGAAAUGAAAAAGAAAGAAAAAGAAUUAUCUGUAAAAGAGAAAGAAGCUGCUAUUUUGAAAAGUGAAAAAGAACGAACACAAAAAAAAUUAAUGAGAUUUCAAAAGUUUAUAAAACUGAACCAAAAAACAAGCAGGGGUCAACCGGUAAUGAAAAAUAUUAUCAGCCACUUGCUGAAAAAAAUUUAA